GUUCUAACCCCACAGCCAGUAAGGGCUCCCUGGUGGCGGUUACCUUCGGCCCCCGUAGAGGAGGUCCGUGGUCGGGUCAGAUUUUGGAGCGACGGGGUACGUCUGUGAGGCUGGGCAUCAUGCCGACGGCCACGGCCAUCGUGGGUCGGUUCCGUACGUACGUUGCCAUCGUGGCGGGUCGCGGCAUGCAGAGAACCAGGAGGAACCCCGACACGGACCUGUACCUGCUGUUCAACGCCUGGUGUCCUCAGGACACUGUGUAUCUGGGUAACGAGGCCGAGCGGAGGGAGUACGUCCUGAACGACUACGGUGUGAUCCAUCAGGGCACCUUCAACUCUGUGGUUAACCGCAGUUGGAUUUAUGGACAAUUUGAGCGCGGCGUUUUGGACGCCUGCAUUUACAUCUUGGAUCAGUCCCAGAUGCCGAUCUACGAUCGAGGCAACAUCAUCAAGGUUGUCAGGAAGGGAUCGGCCAUGGUUAACGCUCAGGACGAUAAAGGAGUGUUAGUUGGGAACUGGAGCAAUAACUACUCGAUGGGCCGGUCCCCGACAUCUUGGACGGGCAGCAUCCAGAUCCUGUUGCAGUACGCCAACACCGGAACCUCCGUCUCCUUCGCACAGUGCUGGGUGUUCGCCGGAGUCUUCAACACCU